AUGUUCAUCACAGAUCGCUGGUCUGGCUACGUCUGGGAUUUCUACCUGACUGACCGCAAAGCGGACACAAUAAGGACAGCGCUUGAAAUCUUAUUCGGCAUUCUCGAACGACGCUAUCAAAUUACGCCUCGCGUAAUUGAAUGCGAUAACGAAAUCUAUGAAAAGAGACAUCAACUGCGCUCCUGGCUAGAAUCUCUCUCCAUUCUGAUCGAGCCCUCAGCGAAAUACACUCCAGCUCAGAACGGAGGUGCUGAACGCUCGGGGGGUGUAUUGGAGAUAAAAGCGCGCGCAAUGAGAAUAGGAGCCGGAUUACCCAACUACCUAUGGGUUGAGAUUUUCAAAGCUGCUGUCUACCUGUAUAAUCGAACGCCAAAGUACAUCCUUCGAUGGGAAUCACCAUACAGUCGGUUCUUUACCUUCCUCGCGAAUCGCGACGGCAUUGCCGACCGACAUUACAAACCAGACUUACGACAUCUCCGUGUAUAUGGCUGCAAAGCGUUUGCGAUGACCAAGGACGCAAUGGCCAAGAGAAAACGCCGACAGAAACUAAAUCCAAGAGCCUGGAUUGGCUACCUCGUAGGUUACCAGUCGACCAACAUAUACCGAAUCUGGAACCCAUGGCUUGGUGAAGUUAUAUCGACGAGAGAUGUGAUAUUUAAUGAAGAUGAGUAUUUCCAUGGAGAUCUUGAACAACUGAAAGAUGAUAUCCGUGAGCUAAAUCGUGAGGAGUUAAUCAACCUCCUCCAAGAAAUUAAAGAACCAGACCAAACAGAGGAAACCUCGCAAGUGGAAUCCCAAGGAGAAGAUGAUCUUGUGUUUGGCAUGGACGAUAGAUGGGAUUUGAGUAUGCACCACGGAGUUGAUGAUCAGACUGAGGACCACCCGAACGUUCGAGUGGCACCGUCUGUAACCGAGGAUCCCCAUCAGGUGCCAUAUGCACUGGGGUCUGGAGAGAGUCAUCCCAACUGCAUAGAUACGGAAUUGGGUGUAACUGGUCGCAUAGAUGCGAUACCAGGGACACAUGAUCUCCUAAGAGAAAAUCCCAACAUCUCACCCAAAGGAGGGACUCCACCACGGCAGGAUGCGAACGGUUGGGAGACGUCCCCUCCUAGUAUGCUACCUGAUACUCGCACGAAGGCAAAUGCUGAUGUGCAAUUCCAACCAUAUCCAACGCCAUCACUGACAGAAUAUACUCCGGCUGCUCUUAUGGCAGCCCGCUUCCAGGGGUCAAAUAUGAACCCACAAGCACAGUACCAGGGUGAUGAUUGUGACCCUGCAGGGAUUGAACUACAAUCAAUCAUCCCAACAGAAAACCAACAAACACUCAACACAAACUCAAAUAUUGAGACGUGGAAAGCUGCUUUCGCCGCUGGUCGACAUGCCGCACCCAUCGGCAAGAUCAACGAAAAGCAGAUUGACCGAGCUAAGUUCCUCCGCAUCCUGUCCCAGCCAAAGAGCUUAGAUCGUUCACAACUUCCAGCGCCUCCAAGAUCACAUGGAGACCUUGCAACCCAUCUGAUGGGGACACUGUUCAAUGAAGCUGAACGCAUCCAUUUGAAUAGUCAUAAAGAGAUGCAGUCCUGGAUUGAAAUAUCCAGGUCGGACCAAUCAGUAAGGAACCAACAGGUACUUGAUUGCAUGUGGGUAUAUACCUACAAGUUCGAUAAACAUGGACGCUUUCAGAAAUGCAAGGCCCGUUUAGUGGUUCGAGGAGACCAGCAGGCGAAAUCGAUACAUGAGGACACGUAUGCCUCCACGCUGGCUGGACGUUCAUUCAGAAUCCUCAUGGCCGUCGCAGCACGGUUCGAUCUCGACCUAGUACAAUACGAUGCAGUCAACGCCUUCGUCAACGCCAAAAUGGACAGAGAAAUAUACAUGAGAAUGCCUCCGGGACAUCGAAAACCUGGAAGAAUAAGAGAACUAACAAGAACCCUCGAAAAGCUCGGAUUUGAGAAGGUUCUACAUGAACCCUGCUGUAUGAUGAAGAAUGGCAUCAUGAUAUUCUUUUAUGUUGACGACAUUGUCCUGGCAUAUCAAAAAGGCAAGGAAAACGAAGUGAAACAUCUAACAGAACAACUACAACGAAAAUAUCAACUCACUGGAGGGAGCGCCUUGCAAUGUCUGCAUAUAUAG